AUGACGGGAAAAUUUUCAGAGCAAGGACGCAGAAACAGCACCUCCUUCACCAAGACCGCUCAGGACGCCUGGGCUGCUGUCAAGCGCCACGCCAAGGAGCACCACGAGUCCACCAACGCCGCAUACGCCGCCUACUACGGCGCCGUCAUGACCCCUACCACUGUUGCUCCCGCGCCCAGCCGCCGCCCCUCGUCCACGGCAUCCACUGAGCCCCGCCGCUCGUCCGUCGACAAGGCCUGGAGCAAGGUGAAGAAGCACGCCCGUGAGCACCACCAGGGCGUCACUGCCGCUUACACCACCUACUACGGCAUCGGCACCUCCCGAACCCAGACUCCUGCCUCUUCUACUGAGAACUCCCCCCGUGUCUCGGUGGACCGCGAAUAA